AAUAAACGUGGGGUAUUUUCAAAAUGAUCGGUCUUAGAAAAUUCAUAAAACCAAUGUUCACUUUCGAACAACUUUGUUGGCGUUAUAAAUUGUUUUUAUCUUUGAUGGGCUGUUGGCCACCAUUAUGCGCUAAAAGACAAAUAUUUAAAAGAUUAUUCGUCAAUAUAUGUUUGACUAGUUUGAUUUUAAUUCAGGUAUUUGCUCUUUUCACUUCGGCAAACGAAUCGGAUAAAAUUGUUGAAAUAAUGACCUAUCUUUUGCCAGUGCUUGGUAUGGAUACCCCAUACUUUGCUGUAUACUUUAAUAUUGAAAAGACAAUCUAUUUUUUCAAUCACUGUAUCGCUGAUUGGAAAAAAUUAGAAAAUAAGGAAGAACGUAAAAUUUUUCGAAAGUGUGUCAUAGAUAAUACUUAUUUCACUCUUCUAAUAACUGGUAGGAUGAGACAACUUUUAAAAUUACCCACAUUUUUUGAAAUAUCAUUCAUUGCGAAAUAUAAUUAUAAUAAUUGAUUUAAUAAAUUUAUCAUAUAUAAGUAAAUUUUUAAAAAAUGUACAUUCUGAAACAUUAUAAUUUGUUUUGAUUAUCAUAUGAAUUCAGCACAGUAGAUUGAUCAUUAAUAAUUAUUUCAUUAAAAUCCCAUAAGAGUAAAUAUUUACUUUUAAAUAUUUCCAGAAUUUAUUAAUUUUCAUUUUACUGUAAAUCAAAAUUUCAGCAAUAUACAGCCUAUCAUGUUUUGUAUUACUAUUUGUUUCAUUAAAACCAGUAUAUUUGGAUAUUAUUUCACCUUUGAAUGAAACUCGGCCACGUCAGUCAGUGGUUCCUAUUGAAUUG